AUAAAUAAAAAAAUAUUUAGAAAAAUUAUAGGCCUAGUCAUUCUUUUAGAUCUAAAACUCUUAUGGAAAAACAAGGAUAGCUAGGUACUGAAAAUUAAUAUUCAUUUCUCCUGCAAUAAUUUAAUAUGGAUUUGGAACAAAGGAGCUUGGUUGUCGGCGACACCUAAGCUCCUCACACACUCACGACAACCAAGCUCCCCGACAGUUGAUCCCCUGCUGGAUAUUAGGGGUCUGGUUGUCAUGAUCGUACCCUAAAACCAAGCUUCUUGCACACUAACGACAACCAAGCUCCCAGACAGCUUAUCCCCUAUUUAACAUUGAAACCAGCUUGAAGCGGGCGGGGAAGUAGUACAAAAUUCAUACUUGAGAGAAUUUGAUAAUAUCAAACAUGCAUAUUAUGAAUGUAAGCUCACCACGUUAUUCCUAUCACAAAUUUUAAAGGCCUGAACUGAAUACAAUAAUUAUCAUAUUACCGUAAUUAAUCACGGUAUCCUAACGGUAAUAAAUAAAUCACCACUUUCAUAUAAUUAACAAAACUUUAUUUUACUUCUCAAACUUAGUACUAUUUUCAACCACAAUAUAAUCAUUACACUUCACUUCGUUAGUUAGCCUAUAUCUUGCCUGUUGCCUAACACAUAACCCGCGCAAAAGCAUUCUUUACAGUGUGGCCACCACAAACAUUACAUUCCCUUCUCCUUAUAAUAGACAGAACAUAAUACAAACCAUAAUAAAAUAAGCUUAAUACAUAAUCAAUACUUGUAGCCUACAUCAAUAAUACAGUACUUAAUACAAACCUUAAAACAAAUCCAAUUGUAAUGCUUAAAAAUCCUUAUAGAUUAAGUUUUUUAGGAGCUUUAAGAACAUUCCUAUUUCUCAAGUUAUACUUUUUUGAAUCAAUCCUUUCUUCCACAAACUCUCUUUUCCAUUUCUCUACAAAUCAUUUCCAUCUCCUCACCUACCCUUUCCCUAUUAAUUUCAUCAUUACCUUCCUUUUCCCUAUCAAUUUCUUCACACCUUUCCCUAUCAAUUUCAUCAAUCCUGUCUGUAUUUCCAUCAUUAUCCCUUCCACAUUCCCUAUCGGCUGCUAUCAUGACUCUAUCAUUAUUAUCUUGGUGUUCCUGUCCCUGAAUUAACUUUUCAAAAACAACCCUUUCAUUUAAUACUAUAAUCAAUAACUUUACUUACUUUACUUGCAUUUUCUUGCAAAUGUUACAUUUCUUCUCCCAUUUGUCUCAGUUUAUUUGAUUCAUAGUUGUUCGUUGCUAAUAUUCUAUUCAGUCGUGUGAACAGUUUUCUCCCGAUAUGCAAUUCUGAUGGAGAAAAACCUGUAGUACAAUGUACCGAAUUAUUAUACUGUAUCAUAAAAUUGGCAAUCAAUUUUUCAAUGUAUUUUUCUACAUUAAAGAGUUUUUUUUUUUAAACAAUUAAAAGUCUUGACAGCAUUUUUAGCUGCCCCAUUUGAUUCAGGAUGAUAGGGAGCAAUUAUAGUUAUAAGUUUUACUCCAACAUUUCUUAGAAACUCUUUCAUUACAUCAGAAACUAGAGAAGUACCGUUGUCACUUACAAUUGUUAGAGGAACACCCCAGUAUGAAAAAUAUUCUCUUAAAACUUAAACUGUACUCUGAGAAGUGAUGUUUUGCAUAAAUGUUAAACAUGAAUCCAUUUUAACUGUUUCCAUUAUAGCUGUACAACGGAUGUUAAAACUAUUAUUAAUUAUGAUAGCUUAUGUGACAUUCUUAUAGCUCAUGACUGGUCCGAUGUCUUGCUUAGUAAUGAUAUUGAUUAUAAAUUCGAUAAAUUCUUGAAAACUUUUCAUAUUUAUAUAGAUAAUUCAACUUCAGUUAUUAAUAUAGAAACGAAUAAAAGAGGCAUUCGAAGAUUAAAACCUUGGAUUUCAGAGGGGUUGUGUGCAGCAAUUCUCUUCCGAGACAAAUUGGCAAAGUUGGCAAGGAGAAAUCCAGGAAAUUGCAGAUUACAAUCUAAUUGGAAGGUUAUUCUAAAAAAAUUAAAACUUGGAUACAAAUAGAAAAAAAUAAAUUUUAUUCUUCAAUUAACGAUCUACCUCCAAAACAAAAAUGGUUUACUCUUAAUAAGCUGUGUGGCAAUCCCAAUAAGAAAAGUAAACUUGAUUUAAAGAUUGAGCACGAUAAUACUGUUAUCACAGAUAAGAGUACCGUGGCUGAAUUAUUUAAUAAUUUUUUUGUAAAUGUACCUAAAGAGGUUGCAACCUCCAUAAUGAAUGACCGCAGGGGUUGGAAUGAGUAUGUUAAUUUUUUCAGAGUGGAUCAAUGUCCUAGAUCUAUUUUCUUUGAGCCGGUAACUUAUAAUGAACUUUUCCUACAUAUUUCUAAAUUGAAACAGGGUAAGGCUCCUGGUGAUGAUAAAAUAUCUUCCAAACUUCUUAAAAAUGUGGCAGUUGCUAUUGUUCCAAUUCUUACUGAUAUAUUCAACUGCAGCCUCUCUUGUGGAAACGCGGAGAAGGCAGUUGGCAGAAGCUGCUGAUAAACGCCAACAAGAACAGGAGAACAGAGGAAUAAAAGAUCCAGAAAAAGUUAAGCGAAUGAAACAAAGAUCUGAAGAAAUGGAGAGACGGCAAGAAGAGGCAGCUCGCCAUGGUGGCAGUGGGUCAGAACUCAAGGAUAUAAAAAAUAACAUUGAAAGUCCAUAAGAAAAAAUUUUGAUUUAUCAUUCAGACAGCUGCAAGCAAUUUCUACAAUUUUUCCAUUCCUUUAUAGCAGCUGAUGAUAUUUGCGAGCUAUCUCUCAGACUGUGCUUUAUGCACCCACACAUGAUUUCAGCUGAUUAAUAUGCAACAUAAUUUACAACUUUUAAAUCGUUUAUAAUGUUUUUAGCUUUUAACAACUUUGAGUUUUUAAUAACGUCUGUCUAUUUUCUGUCUGUAACAUAUGUGUAAUAUUAAUAAUACUACUUGU